CUCUCUCUCUCUCUCUCUCUCUCUCUCUCUCUCAUCUGGGACAUGAGAUGCACUGUAAUAGACUGGAAAUCUGGUGCCAAUGUUUUAUACAUGUCCUGUUUUUGUGGCGAUAUUGCCCAAUUCAAGUGCUGCCAACAAUAUCCUGUGAUGUAGAUUGGCCUCACCUCAGGUACUGGGGCAUUUUCAACUCUUCGACAAACGACUUAAUUUCCCGGUGAUGGACAAACAACUUGUGUUCUGUCUGACUGCACACUCUGGGCUAGUGCAAAGGUUUAAAAGUUAUGCUGUGUGGGUUUUUACUUCAUUUUAAGACUACACGAAAUAUGGUGAUAUUCUUAUCCCUCUGUGUGCCACAUGUGUGUCUGUCGUCAACACUAGAUUUACCUCUCUUCCCCCUCUCUCUCUCUCAUCCUCCUCUCUCUCUUCCUCUGCAGAUAUCUGGAGUGCUGGGUGUGUGUUUGCAGAGCUGCUACUGGGCCAGCCCAUCUUCCCAGGUGACAGUGGAGUCGACCAGCUGGUGGAGAUCAUCAAGGUCCUCGGGACGCCCACCAAGGAGCAGAUACGACAGAUGAACUCCAACUACACUGAGUUCAAGUUCCCUCAGAUCAAGGCCCACCCCUGGAAUAAGGUGUUCCGACCACGGACCUCUCCAGAGGCCAUAGAGCUGGUGAGCAAACUGCUGGAGUACACGCCAGGUCUGAGGGCCAACCCCAUGGAGGCCUGCGCACACGGUUUCUUUGACGAGCUGCGAGAGCCGGGGAAGACCCUCCCAUCAGGACGAUCUCUCCCUCCUCUCUUUGACUUCACCCAGCAAGGUACGCAUCACCUGCAAGGUAUAUAUGUUGGUAGCAUGCUAUUGAGUAGGCAUGUAGUUAAUAAAAGAGGGUCUCAGCCCCUAAAAGGAUCUGUGCCUUACUACACCGAAUCAGGCUCUAACAUUUUCCGAAAAUCACAUGAUUUACAUAUUAGCUCAUCUGUCCCUCUGUCUCUCUCCUCACAGAGCUGGCAAUCCGACCGUCUCUACAGUCAGUCCUACUGCCCUCCCACAUACAAAAGGGGGCGGAGUCUGUCAGCAAAGCCACACCCACUUCCUCCUCAUUGGACACUGAACAGGCUUCCUCGUCAACCACUCAGCACUAGCUCUAGUCGGCUCUCUCUCCCUUCGUCUGCUCUCUCUCUCUGUCUGUCUGUCCAUCUUUGUGUCUGUAACCAUGCAGCCCUCCAUAGCAAUGCACUCUGCACUUUUGCACUCUGACCUUGCCUAUAAUGAAACAGGUUUCUGUUUCUCAUUAUUAUUGUAACUUUGUAGAGAUUUGUUUUAGUAACCAUAGUUCACGUUCAUUUCUUUCUCUCCUCAUUGUCUCUCUCCUCUUGCCUGCACCACUCUGCCUGACUCUUGCCGUGUUCUAUCAUGAAUUGCAUAUCUCUGUUGUAUAUAAGAAAAUGAUGAC